GUAGGCCGUAGGUGCAGACACGCACGGCCGCACGGGCGGUGCCGCCGCUCCUGCUGCUGCCGCCUCAUAUACACGGCCACCUCGCCCCUCCUCCUCUCCCUCCCACCUCCCCCACACGAGUACGCGACGCCUCCGACCAGCACGACGCCAGCCGCGCCCCGGCUCGUCGUCCCCCAACAUCCUAACCAACCACCGCGCCCUUGCCGGUCGCCAUGCAACACCCAGCGUCGUCCUCCCCGGCCGCCGUCGGUCGCUGUGACGUGGUGUAGCCCGUCGUCUCCUCUCUCUCCCGGGCUGUGCCACGAACGACAGCCGGUACAUCGGCGGGCGCACGUCGUCGAGAGCAGUCGACGACCGAGCGCGCAGCAGGGGUCGAUCGGUCGUCGGUCCGAUUCCGAUCCAUGGGGGUUCACAGGCUGAAGAAGCAGCACUCGGCGCCGUCGCUGGGCGGCGGCGGGUCCGGGUCCGGGUCGUCGUCGGCGUCGUCGAUGCCGCCCAAGGGGUGCAUGGCGGUGCGCGUGGUGGGGCCCGCUGGCGGCGGCCGGAAGGAGGAGCAGCAGGAGGAGGAGGAGGAGGAGCGGUUUGUGGUGCCCGUGGGGUACCUGAAGCACCCCCUGUUCGUGGCGCUGCUCAAGGCGGCGGAGGAGGAGUACGGCUUCGAGCAGAAGGGCGCCAUCACCAUCCCCUGCGGCGUCGACCACUUCCGCCGCGUCCAGGGCAUCAUCCACCACCAGCGGAACCACCACGGCUCCGGUUCCUCCGGCGGCGGCGGAGGAGGACACCAUGGCCACCACCACAGCAACCACCACUUCCACAUCGCCGGCUGCUUCCGCGCCUGAUCGGUCGGCCGGUCGAUCGGUCCACUCCGAUCCACCACAUAUGGAUGGAAAGGGAGACCGAUCGUUCGAUUGGAUCGCGAUCCCAUGCUCAUCUCUAGCUGACGGCCGGGACGACGGAUCGAAGAACAAUAAUAAUAUUUACUACUAUUAAUUAUCUAGGGUUUUCUUCUUGGUUAGGAUUUAGAUGCAGGCCCGCUGGGGAUGAAUCGAUGAUCGAAGGAUCAUGCGCGGUUGCCUCCUGCCUGCAAUCGAGUAUUAGCGUAAUCAUCAGUCAGUGUUGGAUCUAUCUGCAGGAUUGGUCGACGUUUGGACAUACGGAUCGAUCGAUCGAUGAUAUGAUAUGUUUUUGGAGUUUUUAAUAUCUUUCUCUCUAUACUAUAAUCUUAGGUUUCUGAUUAUGAUGAUGAUGAUGAUGAAAACAAAGAAGAGGAGGAAAAUUAAAGGGGGUGAUGAUGCAUGCGUGUUUCA